GUCAAUGCUUGCAUAAGGCAUGCGGGGCUCGGGCGCCGACCUCCGCCCACGGUUCAAUCGCCGCCGAGCAGACAACAAGCUUCCGAACCAUCGUCCUCCGACGACCGACACCGUGCAAACCAUGGGAGACAUAAAUAACAUCCCAAGGAUUGCAAUCCAAUUCAACUCACCACAAGCAAACAAUCAAUUACCCAAUUACUCAACUCCUCAAGAAAAAAACCCCUCAAUCCACCCAACACCACACUUCAAAAUGGGCUCCCUUCCUGAGAAAGACUUCCCCCAAGUCCACCGCUUUAUCACGACCCACAAGGAGGACGGAACCCCCACCUUCGAGACCAAAGUCCCCGAGCCAAUCGAAUGGGAACGCACCAACAUUGGCGUCGAUUUCUUCCUCGCCUACACGCUCGGCAGCUUUCCCGCUCCCCUCAGCCACGAUGCCGACCUGAACCAAUACAAAGAACACCUCGUCAACCACCCUCCCUUCAUGAUCCCCGGCGGCGCCGUCGUGCGCUACGUCGACUACCACCCGGGCUGUGAGCCCAUGUGGCAUCGCACGGUGACCGUUGACUUCGGAGUGGUCAUCGAGGGCGAGCUCGAGCUCGAGGUGGAGGGCGGCGAGAAGCGUUUGAUGAAGAGGGGCGAUGUUGCCGUGCAGAGAGGUACCAACCACUGCUGGCGCAACCCGAGCAAGACGCAGUUUGCGCGCGCCUUGUAUAUUGCCAUGGAUGCCAAGCCGGUCAUUGUCAAUGGCCAAGCGUUGGGCGAGUCCUUGGGUGAGGUGAAGCACUGAUUGUUAUUUUCUUGGUCUUUUGAGAAUGGGAUUAUGAAGAAAGAGAAAUGGUUUAUUAGAUAUGCUUGUACGGAGUACAUUCA